AAAAUUACUUUUUUUGUUUUUUUUGCUCGUCUUUUACCUUUCUGUCAAAAGCCACAUUCUCAUUGCUGUCUGGUACAUGGGCAUAGUUCUGUUUGGACCUGCAGUAGCGCUAGAAGCUGUGACCGACUUUCCCUUGUGGAGUUCCAUCUUUAUUAUCGAACUGGUCGCCGUGAUCUACACAGCAUUUGGCGGACUGAAGGCUGUCAUCUGGACAGAUGUCUUUCAGGCCUUUGUGAUGUUUGCUGGCAUUUUCGCCAUCCUUAUAAAGGGCACAAUUGACGCUGGGGGACCUAAGGCUGUGUGGGAUACGGCGUAUGCAGGCGGCAGGCUGAACUUCUUUAACUUUGACCCAGAUCCCCGGACUCGUCACACAUUCUGGAACCUGUUUGUCGGCGCCAUCGUUCGUGGGUUUGGCCUGGGCUUUAACCAAAGUACAGUUCAGAGAAUCAGCAGCACCAAGACACAAACUGACGCCAAAAAGAUGUUGUUCAGCGUGGCGCCUUGUUACUUCAUCUCCCUGAUCAUUUCCACCUAUGAAGGGACAGUGGCUUAUGCCUACUACCAGGCAAAAGGCUGUGACCCGUUUGAAUCAAAAGCUAUAACUGACCCCAAUCAGAUUGUGCCAUAUAUGGUGAUGGACAUAUUUGAAUACCUUCCCGGCAUGCCAGGAUUAUUUCUAGCAUCACUGUUCAGCGCUUCUCUCAGUACUUUAUCCUCGGGACUGAGCAGUUUAUCUGCCCUACUCUGGGCAGACGUGGUCCAUCCAAUAGUGGGACCAAACAUCUCGGAGCUGAAGGCUACCCUUAUUGCUAAAACUGCAGUGUUGAUUUUUGGUGCUUUGGCAUGUGGGAUCGCCGUCCUGGUUUCACAGAUUGGUGGAACUCUGACUCAGCAUGAUUCAGCCUUUGCUGGACGCUCUAAUCGAAUCCUCUUUUUGGGUUGUUUCUCUCCAAUAUCUAAUGAUAAGGGCGCUAAUAGCGGACGGUUUUGCCGGGACUGGCCUUCGCUUUGGAUCGUCCAUGGGGAUGAACUUUCACCAGUCAUCAAGAAAAAUCCCUGGUUAACCUCCAGCCUCGAUAUAGCCAACUGUUCCAAAAUAAAAAUUUUAUCACAACAUGAUAAACGGUAUGUCUUUUUGAUGAAAACCGUUUCAA